AGGAUUCGUGAACAUGGAUUCUUCACUGUUGUCUGAUAUGAUGAGCUGUUUGAAUGUUGACCUGUCAGUAGUUCAUGAGGGGUUUUUGGAAAAUUCAGACCUGUGUCAUAACUGUCUGUGGUAGAAAGUACAGUCAGUCCACAACAUUGAUGGGCAGUAAGUUAAAAGUAACGUUAAUAAUCAGUUUAACUUUAUUAAGUAAUGAAUGAUUUUUAUGACUUGCUUUCAGAUGUGCUGCGCUACUGCGUUAGUUUUUUUUACGGAAGUGCUUCACGGGAGUCACGACGCGAUGUGACGUCAGUGGUAACAUGGAGGCCGGGAGAGAGUAGGGCUACGGAGCGUUUAAUACUUUAUUACUUAUAUUACUUUGAGUUUGUUUCACGUUGUUUCACGCUGUAACAAACGACAAAAACAUUUGUGUCCGCUGUACGCUCUGAGUGGGAAGAAAAAUUUCAUGUACCGCGAAAAAUCCCACAUGAAAUCUGAGCAGGCACCUAGCUAGCCCCCCAUUGAGAAACCCCAGGACCCCCCGCUGACGGCAAUGGUUUACAUUUUAUAAACACGUUUUGACCGUGUGUAAAAGUCUAAUACUGACUUAACUACGCACUGUUGACGGGAGUGUUCUGAUAGUUAAACUUUAACCUUCCUUUAUCUCGAUUUUAAAGUCUUCUAAAGUCGAUGAUGUCGAGAUAAAAAUACACCGGUGGUAAUAGCUGAUCUGAGUAAAACCUCAACGAGGGAACGUUCUAGAAAGUCAAGCCUGUGAGCUGAUGAACCAGGGAAUCCUUGCUCUGGUCACAUCCACAGGCUGUGCAGCUGCGAGUGCCCUGCAGUCGCUGACAGACGCAAUGCACAUCCCGCAUCUCUUCAUCCAGAGAAAUGCAGAGGGCUCGCCCCGAACCGCCUGCCAGCUCAACCCCAGCCCAGACGGAGAAAGCUACACGUUGGCCGCUCGCCCCCCGGUUCGGAUCAACGACGUUCUGCUCACCCUGGUCUCCGAGCUGCACUGGAGAAAGUUCAUCAUUUUUUAUGAGAGCGACUAUGAUAUUCGAGGUUUGCAAACAUUUAUGGACCAAGCGUCUCGGCUGGGCUUGGACGUGUCUCUGCAGAGAGUGGACCGUAACGUGAGCCGCGUCUUCACCGACCUCUUCAGCACCAUGCAGACCGAGGAGCUGCACCGCUACCGGGACACGCUACGGCGUGCCGUGCUGCUCAUGAGCCCGCGCGGCGCGCAGGUGUUCAUCCACCAGGCCGUGGAAACCAAUCUGGCGUCCAAGGACAGCCACUGGGUCUACGCCAACGAGGAGGUGAGUGACCCCGACAUCAUGGAGCUGGUUCACAGCUCUCUGGGCAGGAUGACCAUCAUCCGCCAGAUCUUCCCGCUGUGGAGAGACACCAACGUCCGCUGCAUGAGGAACAACCACCGCAUCUCCUCGCUGCUGUGUGACCCUCAGGAAGGAUACCUGCAGUCGCUGGAGGUCUCCAACCUCUACCUGUACGACAGCGUUCUGAUGCUCGCCAACGCCUUCUACAGGAAACUGGAGGACAGGAAGUGGCACAGCAUGGCCAGUCUCAACUGCAUGAGGAAGUCCACCAAACCAUGGAACGGUGGCUGGUCCAUGCUGGACACCAUACAGAAGGGUCGUAUCAGUGGACUGACCGGACAGAUGGACUUCCGAGCUGAAGGCUCUAACUCUCAUGUUCAGUUUGAGAUUCUGGGAACCAGUUACAGUGAGACGUUUGGGAAAGACGUGAAAAGGCUGGCCUCCUGGGACUCCACUCGUGGUUUGAAUGGUAGCCUGAAGGAGAACCGGAUUGAGAGCGGGAUGCAUGGAGUGAUGCUGAAGAUUGUAACAGUGCUGGAAGAACCGUUCGUGAUGGUGGCAGAGAACAUUCUGGGCCAACCCAAGAGGUACAAGGGCUUCUCCAUCGAUGUCCUGGACGCUCUGGCCAAGCUGCUGGGCUUCAAGUACGACAUCUACCAGGUCGGAGACGGGAAGUACGGCACGGCUCUUCCCAACGGAUCCUGGAACGGGAUGAUCGGAGAAGUGAUCGGAAAGCGAGCUGACCUCGCCGUGUCGGCCAUCACCAUCACUCCUGAGCGCGAGAGCGUGGUCGACUUCAGCAAACGCUACCUGGACUACUCUGUGGGGAUCCUGAUGCGCAAGACGGAAGAUAAGAUCAACAUCUUCUCGUUGCUGGCACCUUUUGACCUGGCGGUGUGGGCCUGCAUCGCCGCCGCCAUCCCCGUGGUGGGCAUCAUGAUCUUCCUGCUCAGGCGCAUCCAGACGGCGCGCUGCCAGAACAGUACAGGAGGACAUCCGCCACCGUCUGUCUCCACUUCACUUCAGAGCGCCAUCUGGAUCGUCUACGGUGCAUUUGUACAACAAGGCAGUGACUCUGUCCUUGGUACCGUAGCUCUGAGGAUCGUCAUGGGCAGCUGGUGGCUCUUCACACUCAUCGUGUGUUCGUCCUACACCGCAAACCUGGCCGCUUACCUCACCGUGUCACGGAUGGACAACGCCGUCAGGUCCUUCCAGGACCUGUCCAAGCAGGUGGACCUGGUCUAUGGGACUGUGAGGGAUUCAGCUGUGUACGAGUACUUCAAGGCUAAAGGCACCAACCCUCUGGAGCAGGACAACACCUUUGCAGAGCUUUGGAAAACUAUCAACAAGAACAACGGCUUUGAGAACUCUGUCACCAGUCCAACAGAGGGAAUCAGGAAGGUGAAGCAGGGAUCCUACGCCUUCCUGUGGGACAUGGCGGUGGUGGAAUACGCGGCGCUGACUGACGACGACUGCACUCUGACUGUGGCAGGAAACAGUUUGAGCACCAGAGGCUACGGCAUGGCCCUGCAGCACGGCAGUCCCUACAGAGACCUCUUCUCUCAGAAGAUCUUGGAGCUUCAGGAAAAAGGUGACCUUGACAUCCUGAAGCAGAAAUGGUGGCCAAAGAAAGGACGGUGCGACGUGCAGAGCUACACAGACGCACAGCCGGAGGGUCGUUCGCUGCGGCUCCAGAGCUUCGCCGGCGUCUUCUGCAUCCUGGCGGCCGGUCUGCUGCUGGCCCUCCUGGUGGCGGCUCUGGAGACCUGGUGGAACAGCAACCAGUGCCGAAGAGAGCAGCCCAAAGAGCAGGUGACUCAGGAUUUCGGAAUGGACAGUGUUUCUGGUCCAAUGACCUAUAGUGACAUUACGAGCACGUCACCUGCAGGGAGGCGGGACAUGUGGACAGGCAGAGAGAGGGAGACGGGGAAGAGGCUGAGGUUCUUGACGCAGGACAAGGAGGUGAACCUGGAACAGGUCCACCAGCGUCUGAACAGCCUCCUGGACGAGGACCUGGCCCACAAACAACUGCCUGGACAAUCUAUUGAAAUCUCUGCCCUGGACAUUAGCAGCAUGCAGCCCAGCCAGUCCCUGGAGGCGCUGUCCGCUCGGGACUACUCUUGUGGACCACGGCCUAUCUCUGUGACCACCUUCCUUCAGGAAGGCCAUGGGACGGGAAGGACACUGGGUGCAGCAGCCGGCAGGACCUUGCCUUUGCCCCUCAGCAGCGCCACCAUGCCCUCGAUCCGCUGCAAACACAGGGCGCCCAACGGGGGCCUCUUCCGGCAGAGCCCAGUCAAGACGCCCAUGCCGAUGGCCUACCAACCAGUGCCAGGAGGACCAAUCCCAGAAGGCAGCGAGCCUGGACACGGGACUUCAAUCUGAGCAGGAGAUUCAUCCACAGACACGUAAGCUCACUGACAAUACUGCAGAAGUACACUGAGGGAGGAGAAUGUGAAAGUAUAGACAGAAAACAGUAAAAAAAGAUUUUUAUUACCUGUGGUGAGUAGUCAGUGGGACAAAACACUCGGACUUAAAUGUACAUAUUUGUAAGUACAGAGAGAGAUAGAAGCAUCAUUACAAAGUGUAUUUUGAAUAUUCACAACAGUUGAGUUUAAAAAAUAUAAAAGUACUACAAAAAAUUUAAAAAAACAAAAAACGACUGUUUGAACGGCUUUGUAAAUUUUGUUCUAAAUGAAUAAAGGUGACAAUUCUUUGUGGUUGUUUUCUAA